AUUAUUAUUUAAAUGUACUUGGGUCUUCAAUUGUUUUUCUUGUUUAUGAGCUAUUUUUCUUAAUAGCUAUUAGCUUAUAUUAAAAUUUCAGAAUAUUAGAUACUUAUUUUUAUUACUUUGAAAGUCUUGGUAAAGAAUUCAUAAUGUCGUAUAUGUUAGCGCAUUUAUUUAAUGGCUGGCAAGUCGACCAGGCUAUUCUUUCUGAAGAAGACAGAGUUGUGGUUAUUCGUUUUGGCCACGAUUGGGAUCCGACUUGUAUGAAAAUGGAUGAAGUUUUGUACAAUAUUGCAGAAAAAGUAAAGAACUUUGCAGUAGUUUAUUUGGUGGACAUAACUAAAGUACCAGAUUUUAAUAAAAUGUACGAGUUGUACGAUCCAUGUACAGUUAUGUUCUUCUUUCGUAACAAGCAUAUAAUGAUUGAUUUGGGCACAGGAAAUAACAACAAAAUUAACUGGGCACUUGAAGAUAAACAAGAAAUGAUUGAUAUUCUUGAAACGGUUUAUAGAGGUGCAAGAAAAGGCCGAGGUUUAGUUGUAUCACCCAAGGAUUAUUCAACAAAAUACAGAUACUAAGAAUUUAUAUAAUUAACUUACGAUAUAAAUUUUAAAUUUUUAACCUAAAAUAAAUAAUUUCGAGGAAUGUAAAUAUUAUAAUUUUUAAGAAAUGUAAACUAAUAAAUUUAAACGUAAUACAGAUUAAAAAAUAAUAAGAAUUGGAUAGUCUAAAUAUUGAUAAAUGAUUAAGAGGACGUUAUUCCCCCUAUAUAUUAAGGAGUUUGGUAUAGGCAAUUUUUUGAAAAAUCUUAAUUUAAAGGUUAAACUGCGAUGUAUAAUUAUUAGUUCUGUAAUUGGGACUCUUUUUCGGCGGUUAAUUAAUUUUCCUUAACAGCGAUUUCAAAAAAAUACAGAACAAAAUAACAUAGCUACGUCGAAUGCGUUUUACUUGUUCCAUAUUGGUUUUAAAGCAAAAACUUCUAUUAUAAAAUCGAUAGAUAUCAACAUGUCAUAGGCAAUCGACUAUGACAUAUCUGAUUUUUUAAAUAAUAUCGUAAAAAAAAGUUGUGAUUUUAAAUGUUUAAUAUUAAGUUUUUUAAAAAAAUGAUAUGAUCUUGUCUCCAAAAUCUUGUAAUCUUUUGUUCUGUUUAGAAUUAUAAAUAAUAAAUAAAUAAUUGUGACGCGCUUGAGUCAUGAGUUAAGGAACUAAAAUAUUGGUUUUAUUUUUAAACUGCCACCACGAGGGUUUGUCAAACCCGAAUCAUUACGACCAUAAUAUGUAAAAUUACUCAGGGUAGGUAUAAAAACAAAUGCAGUAAUAGGUAUCCGGAAAUUAAAUACAUCUGUAUUUCAACAUCAACUUAAACAACACUUAUAAACUAUUGUAAUUGUCAAGCUACAAUAUUGUUCAAUAAAUGCUUAUAAGGUUUUUUUUUUUAAAUGUAU